AAGAAAAUCUGUUUCAUACUUCAGGUGGAACUGAAAUGAAAUAUAUCUUUGUUGAUUGUAUAUCUUUAUUGUGAACGACUUUCUAGCUCAAAAAAAUAAUAUAAAAAUAUUAUUUUAUCAUGGAAUGCUUUUGAUGAAAUAAGUACUGAUAAUAUCGGCGAGCAUUACUCAAAACAAGACAAUUCAUACUCACUGAGGCUGAAAAAUAUAUUUAUAAUAAUGAGAGUUUUUAGGGCUGCCAUCGAAAAACCAUAAUUAUUUAUAAAGGAUAAGCAUCAGUGGAAAGAAGUACGGAAAUUCCAUAAAAAAUGAUACUGUACGGCAACACAACCCUCACUCCUCUUCCCUCAUCCUCGUCUUCAUCCUCUUGUUCCUCUUCAUCCCCACCUUCAUCCUCUUCCUCCUCCUCCCCCCAUUCCCCCAUCAUCCCCAUGGUCGGGGUUGCCGACAUCUUCGUGCGUGAGAGCAAAGACCUCAGCACAGCCCUCAUCCCCGCCGGCCUUCACCCGCUCCUCAUGUCAACGAUCCCGAAGUGCGCUGGCUGCACCGAAGCUAUCCUGGACCGCUUCAUCCUGAAGGUGUUGGAGCGGACGUGGCACGCGCGCUGUCUCAAGUGCUGCGACUGCGGCCUGCAGCUCACCGACAAGUGCUUCUACAGGAACCAGCAGGUCUUCUGCAAGGAGGACUUCUUCAGGAGGUUCGGCACGAAAUGCGCGGGAUGCGACCAGGGCAUCCCACCCACGCAGGUGGUGAGACGGGCACAGGACAACGUCUACCAUCUGCACUGCUUCGCCUGCAUCAUCUGCCAGCGCCAGCUGAACACAGGCGACGAGUUCUACCUCAUGGAGGACAACAAACUCGUCUGCAAGACAGACUACGAGCAGGCGAAACAGCGGGGCAUGCAAAGCCUGCCAGACGGCGACGGGACAAACAAACGUCCCCGUACCACCAUCUCUGCGCGCCAACUGGAACAACUCAAACAAGCCUACAAAGACAGCCCCAAGCCCGCCAGACAUGUUAGGGAACAGCUCUCACAGACGCUGGGACUCGACAUGCGCGUCGUGCAAGUCUGGUUCCAAAACAGGCGGGCGAAGGAGAAGCGUCUGAAGAAGGACGCGGGACGGUCGCGCUGGGGGCAGUACUUCAGGAGCAUCAAGCCGGGCGGGGGCGGCAGGGGGGCGGCCGGCAAGGACGGCAGGGGCGGCAGGGAGGCGGACGAUAAGGCCGACUCGGAGGUCGACUUGGAUGCACACGACGACAUGCUGCUGGACUUGAGUGAAGGCUACCGCACGCCAGGCCCCCAGUCCAUGUCAGACCUGGAGCCUGGCCAGACCACCAUGAGUCCCCACAUGCAGCACCACCACCAGCACCCUCCUCCCCCUCCUCCCCAGCACCCAGCACCUCCCCCACACUCAGCACUACAGCACCCACAGCAGCACCCUUUCCUGCACGGGGCUGGAACUCCCCCUUACAUAGGAGGGGGUGCGGGAGGGGGAUCUCAUUCCCCAGGCGCCCCCCCAGCUCCCCCACACCCCCUGCUCUUUGCUUCUUUCGCUGACCACCUCAACCCCUACCAGAACCCCAUGAGUCUGAUACACCAUUCGACGAUUUUAAUCAUCUUUUCCAUACAAUACGUCUUUAUUUCGCUUGAAACUUAA